AUGUCCUCGAGUUUGCUCACUAACUACUCUCCCGAACUUUAUGAUGACCAAGAAAAUAAAUUGGACAAGUACUUGCACCAUCUUCAGCUGCCUGAUAAAACUCUGAUGGAUAUAUCAAUAAGGUUUCGACGAGAAAUGGACAAAGGCCUUUGCAGAGAUACUAACCCCACAGCAGCUGUACGGAUGCUGCCUACAUAUGUACUCUCAACACCAGAUAGGACAGAACAAGGAGAAUUUUUGGCUUUGGACCUUGGUGGGUCCACAUUCCGAGUGCUUCUAGUUACCGUUAUGGCUAAUGGCGAGCAAAAAGUGGACAUGGAAAAUCAGAUUUAUGAUAUUCCUGAACAUCUCAAGAGAGGCUGCGGAUCUGAGUUAUUUGACUAUAUAGCUGAAUGCCUGGCUAAUUUCAUGGAGAAGUUAGGAAUAAAGGACAAAAGGCUGCCUUUGGGCUUUACCUUCUCUUUUCCUUGUCAACAGAGCAAGUUGGAUGAGAGUAUAUUGAUCUCCUGGACAAAAGCCUUCAAGGCAUCCGGAGUUGAAGGAAAAGACGUAGUCAAACUUCUGCAGAGAUCUGUGAAGAAGCGAGGGGACAUCAGUGUGGACAUUAUGGCUGUCAUUAAUGACACAGUGGGAGCUAUGAUGACGUGUGGCUAUGAUGAUCAUAAUUGUGAAAUUGGUCUCAUUGUAGGGACAGGAACAAAUGCCUGUUACAUGGAACAAAUGAGGAACCUUGAGUUGCUAGAUCGUGAUGAAGGUCAGAUGUGUGUCAAUACAGAGUGGGGCGCUUUUGGAGAUGACGGUGCCCUGGAGGACCUGCGAACACAUUUUGACAGAGAAAUAGAUGCUGGCUCUCUAAACCCUGGCAAACAGCUUUUUGAGAAGAUGAUAGGUGGAAUGUACAUGGGGGAACUGGUACGUCUCAUCCUUGUGAAAAUGACAAAAGACCAACUACUUUUUAAAGGCAAGACUACAGCUAAGCUCCUAAUGACUGGACAGUUCUCCACCAACUACAUCUAUUCCAUAGACAGUGAAAACAGAGAGGAGGGUCUGUUGAGUGCUGAAAGUGUGCUGAAAGGCCUUGACCUCAACCCAACAAUUGAGGACUGCAUAGCGACCCAGAGAGUAUGUCAAAUGGUUUCUACACGGGCUGCACAUUUGUGUGCAGCUACAUUGGUUGCGGUGCUUCGACAAAUCAGGGACAACAAAGCAGCUGAGAAAUUGCGAACAACCAUUGGAGUGGAUGGCUCUGUAUACAAAAAUCAUCAAGAGUUUUCGAGGAGGCUUCACAAGAUGGUACGGAGACUAGUGCCUGACUGUGAUGUGCGUUUUUUGAGAUCUGAGGUUGGAAGCGGGAAAGGUGCAGCCAUGGUAACAGCUGUAGCCUUACGCCUUGCUGCUCAGAAUGCUGAGCGUCAGCACAUACUUGACAGCCUGCGUUUGAAUGAUGAGCAGCUGAUGGAAGUGAAAAGGCUGAUAAGUGAAAAUAUGGUUCGAGGCUUGUCAAAGAAAGCCCACAAUCAGGCUAGCAUCAAGAUGCUUCCAACAUUUGUUGGCUCGACCCCAGAUGGAUCAGAGCAUGGAGAAUUCUUGGCUUUGGACCUUGGCGGCUCAAGUUUUAGAGUGUUGCUCGUGCGUGUGCACCGUGAAAAGAGACAUGUGGAGAUGCACGCUAAGAACUACAUUAUUCCUCAGGAGACAAUGCAGGGCACAGGAGAAGAGCUUUUUAGAUAUAUUGUGGAUUGCAUGGCCAACUUUUUGGAAAGGAUGGGUUUGAAAGGAGCAUCCUUACCUCUGGGAUUUACAUUUUCCUUCCCCUGUCACCAAACUAAACUGGAUCAGGGAAUUCUUCUGAAGUGGACAAAGGGUUUCAAAGCUACUGGUUGUGAGGGACAUGAUGUUGUUGCAUUACUUAAGGAUGCUGUGCGAUGCCGAGGGGAAUUUGACUUAAGUUUUGUGGCGGUCGUUAAUGAUACUGUAGGAACCAUGAUGACUUGUGGUUAUGAGGACCCUAAGUGUGAGGUGGGACUCAUUGUUGGCACGGGGACCAAUGCCUGUUACAUGGAGGAGAUGGAGAAUAUUGAAAUGGUUGAUGGUGAUAAAGGGCGCAUGUGUGUAAAUAUGGAAUGGGGAGCAUUUGGUGAAAACGGCGAACUAGAUGGUAUCCUCACAAACUUCGAUCGUCUUGUUGAUGCCUCCUCUAACAAUCCUGGAAAACAGAGGUAUGAGAAGAUGAUCAGUGGCAUGUACCUGGGGGAGAUAGUUAGACAUGUGCUAUUGGAUUUCACCGCAAAGGGCUUACUGUUUCGAGGGAAACAGUCCGAGCGACUCAAGACCUGGGGCAUCUUUGAGACAAAAUUCCUGUCACAAAUUGAAAGUGAUCGUCUGGCCAUGCGUCAGAUCCGUUGCAUCUUGCAGCACCUUGGUCUUACCACCUCAACAUGUGAUGACAGUGUCCUCGUUAAAGAGGUUUGCAGCAUUGUCUCCCGCCGGGCAGCACAGCUCUGUGGUGCUGGUUUAGCUGCUGUGGUUGAUAAAAUGAGACAGAAUCGCAACCUGCAGCAGCUCACUGUUACAGUUGGAGUUGACGGCACUCUUUAUAAAAUGCACCCUCAUUUUGCAGGAGUCAUGCAAGAGACAUUGCAGAAUUUGGCACCGCAGUGCAAGGUGACGUUCCAUAAUUCUGAGGAUGGAAGUGGAAAAGGAGCAGCACUCAUAACCGCGGUGGCGUGUAGAAUCAUGAGUAACGCACAGUAG